GCAUCCAAACCUUUUUCUGCUUAGUUUGGAGAAAAGGAUUAUUCCAAGGUGCUCGGUCUUGCAACUUCUGAUGUCCAAAGAUCUGUUUGAGUGGAAUAACAACUUAAUGAGGGUGUUUUUAAUGACAGAGAAGACUUUCUUGGAGAAUUUUGUUACCAAAUAUCAGCACUUGGUUCCUGAAGUUGUUAAGGCACACGGAGGUGAGAGAGAGUUUCAAGGAUUUAACCUAAAUCUGCUGGUCAAGUUGUUUCAGAAAAUGCCUGCUGCUCGUAUGAUGUCAUGUCCAAGGUCAAAUGAUCCUUAG